UGCACGCUCCUUCCUGGAAAGAACCAAUGCCCUUUUAAGUCCAUCUCCACCUCCACAACUUCCUCCCUUCUUCCAAGUGAGUGUGGAAAAGUAGGGACAUGGCGACAGAGACACUGCUUUCAACAGGCAUCCCCUUCACUUCUCUGCCCGACUCCUACGUCCGGCCACCAUCGCAGAGACCGAGGCUCUCCGAGGUCAGGACAUGCGAGGAACUUCCGGUAAUCGACCUCAGCACGCCGGACAUGACGGAGCUAGCUCGCCAGGUUCGAGACGCCUGCGAGUCCUAUGGCUUCUUCCAGAUUACUAACCAUGGCGUCCCUCAACAAGUAGUUGAAGAAAUGCUGCUCGUUGCACGUCAAUUCUUUAGUCUCCCCAUAGAAGAAAAGAUGAAGCUGUACUCAAACGACCCAUCUAAGAAGCUAAGACUCUCCACCAGUUUUAACUUGAAGAAGGAGACUGUUCACAAUUGGAGAGACUACCUUCGUCUCCAUUGCCACCCUCUGGAGAAUUUCAUUCACGAAUGGCCCACCAAUCCACCAAAUUUCAAGGCCAUGGUGGGUGAGUACAGCAAGCAAACAAGGGAGCUCGCUCAACGUGUAAUGAAGAUCAUUUCCCUGAGCUUAGGCGUGGAGGGCUACUUAGAGAAGGUUCUGGUGGCGUCGCAGGAGCAACACAUGGCGAUCAACUACUACCCAUCUUGUCCGCAGCCUGAACUCACAUAUGGCUUGCCGGCGCACACGGACCCUAACGUCCUGACCAUUCUCCUGCAAGACGGGGUUGCGGGGUUGCAGGUCCAGAAAGACGGCCAAUGGCUCGCCGUCGAUCCACUGCCGUCGGCUUUCGUCGUAAACAUCGGCGACCAAAUACAGGCGUUAAGCAAUGGCAGGUAUAGGAGCGUGUGGCACCGUGCCGUAGUUAACAACCAAAGGGAGAGGCUGUCGGUGGCGUCUUUCAUAUUUCCCGGCCCCAACACGCUGAUAGAAACGGCUGCGGAGCUGGCAGGAGACGGAGGGGAAGGGCGCGUUUACAGGAGCUACUGCUUCGAGGAGUACUACAAGAAGUUCUGGUCACGCACCUUGGACGACGGCCAUUGCUUGGACUGCUUCAGAGUCUGACUCCGACUCAUCCUUCAGUUAAAGAAAAUGCAGACGGGGAAAUAGUGCAGCAGGGACGGCUUAAGGAUGGAUUUUACGCAUGGACAAACACUAGCACUGUUGAAAGAAAACGGACUACUGGAAAUAAUUGUAGACAUGCAACUCUUAUAUUUCUUGUUUCAAUAAUGUUGUUCAAGUUCCUAGAGAUACUUUUAAGCUUUGGCAUGAAUGUUUGAAACAUGUAAAUGACUCUUUAUUGAAUCGCAUGACCUCAUCUUAGUAUA